GACGUGAAUUCAGUAGCCUAUAUCCUUGGUAUAGCCCCGGUAUCCCCUAAUCUUCAUCGGAUGCGCUCUUAAAUGCGCUGCUACUCACCGAACGUUUCAGAGAUCUCAGGUUAUGAUGCUGCGUGUAUUUCAUCAAAUGCUCGCAGUCAAACAAUAACCAUAAUAUUUUCCAUUGUACGGACUGCGUUCUCACCAGCAGCGAACCGCACCACGGCACGAAUUGAAUCGGAACCGGGACGACCCUUUUUUUGGCGAACCACGGUGUGCGGAUAGAGUAUUCACACGGGUGUAGUGCAAGUCUCUUCGAGGUUUAUCAAUCAUCACCUCACCACGUGGAGGGAAGUCCACCUCCAACAUACUUUCUGUUCAGUCUUAUAUCAUGCCUGAUACGAUCAGAUGAUAUAAUAACCUCAAUAUGAUAUGCAAUUACAUAAGGGAGAUGCAGUAUAUGCCUAUAUGUCAUGGCUUUCGCAGUGCUAUUACACAUACUAUCCACUAUCCUGAACCCUAAACUUAAUGUAAUGAUUUAGAGGUCACCACCUUAAAUAAAUACACAUUUAGAUGUGUCUAUUGAAUGUUGUGAUGGUAGCAGAUGUUCAUAUGAUUAAUGACUCACUCACUGCUUGUAGCAGCUCACCAUAUUGACCCACCAAGGGAAGGCAAUCACAAAUUUCACUUGGCUCCUGGAUGAAACAGGAUAGUACAGGAUGCAUCAACCUUCACAACACUCUCGAUAAAUUCUCCCCGUCUUUCUCACUCUUUCUCUUUCCUUCCUUUUUUCUCGCACCCUCUCCGUCCCUGCCUCCCUCUCCUUAUCCACCUUCACUCCUCCACUCCCUCUUUCUCAUCUUACUCCCUCUCUCAAUCCCUCUCCCCCUCAGCCAAACAUUGAUCCCUGUGUGCCACUUCAAUACGUUAAUGAACUCCCCUGUGUGUGUGGAGGCAGGGAUAGAGUGAGCAAUAAGCUGCACCUCAUGCAGAGGUGUCAUUUACCAGGAUCCAUGGCCCCACAUCUCUCCCCAUUACCUGCUUUCUGAUGUCCCAUCGGUAUAUUAAACCAAACUUCAUUAACUUACCUUCGCCGAACCUGCACUCUCAAAAUGGUUAAGCUAAACAAAACUUGUUUUUGGCAUAAGAAGCCUCUCAUUUCCCAGUGCACCUCAUUUUCUUAAUAAACUUCGCUAGGUCAGCGUCAGCGAUUAGCAUACACAUCUGGGUCGGGAAUUGGAAUAUGCGUACACAGAAGUUUUAUAUGCUGCUGUUCAGCAUUUUAAUGGCAAGCAUUACACAGAUGGACAUUUCAAUUACAUGUAAGAGUAAAGAGAUAGAACAAUGAGACUUAGUCUGUUUAAAAUGCACCCGCGAGUAUUAAUCAUUUAGACACAUCUCCCCUUAUUGUGAAUAAAUCAUGUGUAAAGCUAGAAUAUGAAUCCGGGGUUGAAGGUGAUUGGAGGUGGGUAGUGAGUGAGAGAAGGGUGAACUUGAGUCACAUCACCCUUCCCGUCAGAGCUCUGCCAUUAUUAUUGUGUGUGUGUGUGUGCGUGCGCGUGUGUGUGGCUUGACAUUUCUAUAAGUCAAUGGUGUGACCUUGGUGUGAAUAACAGGAGCGAAAUAUAAAUGUUGAUUAAAGCCAGUGUGUCAGGUCAGCUUUUAAAGGAAUGGUUUCCACAAACUCAUCAUUAGAAAAGCCUCCCUGUUGUGUAGGCAACACUUUCCUGAGAAUUGAAAAUGGCUGUGGGAGUUUUCCCCAGACCUCACUGACUGUAGCUAUGAGCAUGAUUUAAUCAUAUCGGUGAACGUUAUUGACUGGAAACUCAAUCAAAUGUCUUACAUGGCCGGGAUCAUAAUUUCUAAGCAUAAAUAGAUCAUAAACUCCAGCUUUACAUAAGAUAAUUAAACGAUAGACCAACAGUUUAAAUUAGGUUACGUUAGCAGAGACAGUUACUGUACAUAGGAAACAAUGAAGUCUGGAUCCAAGUUCCAACACAUAUUGUAGAUAUGCCACUUCCGUUCUGCUUCCUGUUGACAGUCUAUGUGUCUAUAUUUAAACAGUGUGAUAUAAAAUACUCCAAUACCCGACUGCCAAAAACCUCUUGAGCCAUUAUUGGACAUAACCAUCUUCGGAAAGACCAUCGUCUGCUGGUGUACUGAAAACCAAACCCCAUUGGCACAUGGAAUACAUAUAGUCAGUGAGCAGUUGGCAUGAACCCAGCUGUGCCAUUGCUAACAUUCUAUUUAUACCCUAGGGUCCAGGGGCCAUUUUAGAAGAGCCUUGUCUAUUCUUAGUUUGUGUCUAGGUCAUUAUGUGAAUGGAUUCUGCUUCUCCACACUAAGACAAAGCAGGCACCAUGCUGACCAGCAUUACAGAUGGGAUCCUGUGCUGUCUGACUGGGAAGGCUGCCAGCCUGGUGAUGCCCGUCGACUCUUCUGAGCCAGCGGACACCUUCGAGUUUGUAGAAGUGAAGCCUGGGAGAGUCCUCAGGGUUCGCCACAUCAUGCCCGAGCGCCGGGCACCAGUAGUGACGGAGGAGGACCAAGUAAAGGAGCCAGAGCAGGAGAAGGGCAGUGGAAACAGCAACAACAGUAGCAGUGUGCACUGCAAGCGCAAGAUCACUGUCUACCGCAACGGCCAGCUAGUCAUUGAGAACCUUGGUGACGUGCUGCACUCUGAGAUUGUCCAGUGCCAGAAUGGAGACCUGGAGCCCUGCAGCACCGUGGAGGUGGAACUGGCCGACUAUAAGGAAGUGCCCACAUCUCCUGAACCAAAACCCGCGCCUCCCCUGUCCAUGGUCGGGGAGCAGAAACCCGCGCCCCCGCCUCGCCGGCGCCGCCGAAAGCCCAAGCGCAUGGUGAUGAUUGACUCGGAGAGGGAGAUCUCCAGCUGCAAGGGGACGCACUCGGACGUGGCGCUCUUUUUCGUGCACGGGGUCGGCGGCUCGCUGGACAUCUGGGGCAGCCAGCUGGACUUCUUCUCGCGGCUAGGGUAUGAGAUCAUCGCACCUGACCUGGCGGGCCACGGGGCCAGCAGGGCCCCCCACAUUGCGGCGGCCUACACCUUUUACGCCUUGGCCGAAGACAUGCGUGCCAUCUUCAAGAAAUACGCCCGUAAACGCAACAUCCUCAUUGGGCACUCCUAUGGGGUAUCGUUCUGUACCUUCCUGGCCCAUGAGUAUCCAGACCAGGUUCACAAGGUAGUGAUGAUCAAUGGAGGGGGGCCCACAGCUCUGGAGCCCAGCCUCUGUUCCAUCUUCCAGCUGCCUUCUUGUGUGCUGCACUGCCUGUCUCCCUGCCUGGCCUGGAGCUUUCUCAAGGCUGGGUUUGCCCAUCAGGGAGCCAAAGAGAAGCAGCUGCUGAAGCAGGGCAAUGCCUUCAACGUGAAUCCAUUCGUGCUGCGUGCCAUGAUGAGCGGGCAGUACUGGCCCGAGGGGGAUGAGGUGUACCACGCUGAGCUAACCGUGCCCAUCCUGUUGGUGCACGGCAUGUACGACAAGUUUGUGCCCAUUGAUGAGGACCAACGCAUGGCCGAGAUCCUUCUGUUUGCUUUUCUGAAAGUCAUCGAGGAGGGCAGUCACAUGGUGAUGAUGGAGUGCCCUGACACAGUCAACACCCUCCUGCACGAGUUUUUCCUAUGGGAGCCUGACAUGUCCAAAAAGAACGCCGCCAAGACUGAUCCUGACAAGACUGUCAUAGUCAAUGGUGUUGUCGCCCAGACACCAAAACCAAACAAGCCCAUGGACAAAUAACCAAUAAUGAGUCUCAUUUUACAUGAGCAAACCCAAUCCGAGGGCCUGUCUUUGGCAGGUGGCACGUGGUCUUAAGGCUGCUCGCAGGCUGAGAGCUGUUAUUAACUGGGCCAGAGUUUGUUGUGGAAGUGGAGGAGAGGCACCUGGUGCUCCAAGCUAGAGUUGGCAUUUGAAUAGGACUGUGGCAAGAAAAAUGAAGAAAAGGAUGGAAAGAAGAGGAAUCUGACAGAGAUGCGUGUUUCUCUUUCCCCUUUGACAGCUGUCUGUGCUUCAUCAUGCGGUGUAUGUAAUCAGACAGACCUCGGGUCCAGAGGAUGUUAUUAAAACACAAUAUCCAUUUGUAAUUCUCUCGAGUACCAAACUUGGUUGGUGAGUGGACCAUUGUGAACCAAAGCGAGGAAGGCAUGACCAUUAAAUGGUGUGUGGAUCGCCUUGCUACCUAUCAUCCAUUAUCUUGUGAGUAAUAUUUCACUGCUGAUUGGUGUCCUGACGAAAUGAUGAUCUUAUAAAACUGGGUCCAUAUUAUGGAUUCACUUCAAAGCGGAAAAUAAUUCACUUGGAAAACUGUGAAACUAUCCAGACAAUAUGGCAGGUAGCCUCGUGGUUAGAGGGUUGGGCCAGUAACCAGCAGGUAGCCUCGUGGUUAGAGGGUUGGGCCAGUAACCAGCAGGUAGCCUCGUGGUUAGAGGGUUGGGCCAGUAACCAGCAGGUAGCCUCGUGGUUAGAGGGUUGGGCCAGUAACCAGCAGGUAGCCUCGUGGUUAGAGGGUUGGGCCAGUAACCGAAAGUUUGCUAGAUCAAAUCCCCGAGCUGACAAGGUAAAAAUCUGUCGUUCUACCCCUGAACAAGGCAGAUAGCCCACUGUUCCCCGGUAGGCCGCCAUUGAAAAUAAGAAUGUGUUCUUAAUUGACUUGCCUAGUUAAAUAAAGGUUAAAUAAAUGUUUUUUUUUAAAUGACAAUUAAAAAAUACAAGUCAAUGAGUGACUAGUGUAUUAUGGGAGUAAGAUUUGCCAUGCCACAUUGCGAUCCAGUUUGCAUGAGGUCAUCAUCAUGGUAAUCAUCCCAUACUAAGCAGGUUAUAGUGUUGACUGGAUGGAAGUGGUGGAUGGAUUGGUAAUUGUUAUGGCAACAAGUUACUACAAGACAUACACCACACACCUAAACAAAUGGGCCAUACAAGUUCUCAUAAAAUAUAAUCAAGCCAAAGUAAAGCUGUUAAAACAUGUCCUUAAGCAAACUAAAUAUCUGUCAGUUGCAGUCAGUAUCUGUCUGUGCAUUCAUUCACACCUGCAGUCUAGGAUACAGGUUCGCUUUUGAAACAUAGUGAUUCAUCUAUACCCAACAUGGAGCAUUUUGCCUCAAGAACAUUUUGCGGUGUUAUCUGAUAUUAUGCAUUUAGAAACCUAUGCUUACUCUGUGUCUACGUUAUGAAUUAUCUAACCUAACUGGACUAUUUGAAGUUGCUGCAUGAAUAGGCUUUUAAGAUAUUAGAGAAUUUUCUUGUCAAUAUACAGUUGAGAAAUCCAAAAACCUCCCCUGUCCUCUGAGAGUAUAAUCUAAGCGGCAUUAUGGACAGAGGAGACGUUGGACCAAAGCUUUGGUGAUAGGCAAUCCAAAUAAUGUAAGAGUAGUCCAUAACAAUUAUUUUUAAAUACUGAUGCUAGUUAUUCAACUAACAAUAGGGCAACUCAUUUUGCCUCUGAAUUUGAUAUAACACCAUUAUGAAUGAUGUUGUUCUUCUGUCUACCAGAUAGUAUAGCAAAGCAUUGUCCUCCACUACCCUCCAGUCAAUCUGUUUGUGCUUGCAAUGUCAAAGGUCGUCCAUGAUAAUAAGCUAAAGGACAUAAGUUUUCAGGUGCUCAUUUGUGAACGUUUUCUUGUCUCAUAAUGAGAGUAUGUGAUUUGAUCUGUGAUUAAGAAGUAGGAAGCACAGUAACACAUGUAUCUGAUUCAAUCUCUCCGACUGUUAACAUGCUUUACUCACAUAUGCAUUAUCCUGAGAAAGGAUCAGAGAUGAUUAUGCAAUUUCUAAGGAGAUGAGUUAUGAACUGUACAGAAAGAUAAUGCAUAAGUAAUGGAAACAAGUAGGUUGAGGAACAAAUGAGUUUGAAUUGGCUGUUGAAAAGAAGAUGUAUUCAUGUAGACUGUCAAAAAUACCAUGAAGUGCUGCUGAUCCAGUCUGCUUAGGCACUGUAUAGAUUGUUCCGACAGCUAUAUGGAUUGAAGGGCGUACAUUUGCUUCCUCCACUUAAUGUCUAAAAAAACAGUCUCUCCUAUCCAGUGUGCUAUCAUUUGUGGUUAAAAAUGUGUAAAUGUCAUUAAUGCAUUUAUUCCUAGACAUCAGAACUCAUGCACUGCCUGAAUGUAGGUGCAUAUACAGUUCAGAUAUAUGGACAUGUUCAGUUGAGUGUAUGAAUGUGCCUUUCCUGGCAUGAAAUAAAACAAAUGUUUACAUUA